AACUUUCACUCUCACUGUCACAACUCACAAACCCCCUCCAUCUCCAUCAAAUUCUGACAAACCCCUCAAAUUUUCCCGAGAAAAACAAAAAGAAAAACCUCUAAAAUUUUCCUGCCACCCAAACAAAACCAUAAACCCUAACCUCAAUCUUACUAUCUCCUCGAUGGAUCCUUCUCGGCGUGCUCCACGCGCCGCCAUCGAUCCUGUUCCCAAGAUCCGCCAAGUCGGGUUCUUCGCUCCCGGAGCUGCCCCACCCGAACGCUCUCAAUCGGGUCCGCCUGACCCGACCCACUCUUCCCCUCCCGUUGUUGGUGCCUCACCAUCCCUCUCGCCGGUGAUGAUUCCGCCGCCGCGUCACCUCUCAGAUAACCUCAUCCUCCACGCUCGUCCGGUCGCCGCUUCGCAGCUUCGUGCUGACGCUCCGGUGUCCCCGGCGCCGUCGUCUUCGUACUCAAGCAGGAUCGCCACUGCCGCCAAUGGGAGCUUCUUCGACGGUAGGGGUAGCGGCGCCGGGAAGGUGGUCGCGUCUUCGUUUCCUCGCGGAGGAUUUGACUUGACUGCGGUGGUGAAGGUUCCGGCAAGCGAGCUGACCACUGUUUCCGUGGUGAAUGACUCGCUUGGACUUCCCGAAAAAGAAAAAGCAAACAAAGGAGGAGGGUCUGCUGUGGAAGUGAAAGACCAACCUGCUAAUUCAAAACAGCAGAAACCGAAACCCUCCAAAGCUGAAAGACGUGCUCUUCAGGAAGCUCAACGAGCUGCAAAAGCUGUGGCAAAAGCUGAAGGAAAUAAAGCAUCUGGAACUACAACUGUGAUGAAUGCCAAACCAGCUAAAGCUGUAAAGUCUGCACAGAAAGUUGAUAAUGUAACAGUUGCAGCCUCUGAGAAGAAGGGGACUGAUUGUCCACCAGAAAAGGAUAGAAAGAAAGAUGCCCCUCAACCACGCAUGCAGUAUGAUGACAAGAGCAGAGUGGAGAAAGCCAAACGCCGUGCUGUGGUGAAACAAACUGAAGCGAAGAACAGAGUAGAGUUGUUCAGGCACUUACCACAAUAUGAACACGGGAGUCAGCUUCCAGAUCUUGAGGCGAAGUUUUUCCAUCUUUAUUCUGUACAUCCUGCUGUUUACAAGGUGGGUUUGCAGUACCUACUUGGAGAUAUAUCUGGUGGAAAUGCUCGUUGUAUUGCAAUGCUUCAAGCAUUUCAAGAGGCCAUCAAAGACUACUUGGUUCCACCCGAGAAGACUCUUGUACGAGACCUAACGGCAAAAAUUAGUAGUUAUGUAUCAUUUCUUAUUGAGUGUCGACCCCUGUCAAUCAGCAUGGGAAAUGCAAUCAGAUAUCUCAAAAGUCGAAUAGCUAAGCUACCUUUAACUGUAUCCGAGUCGGAAGCAAAAACUUCUCUCCAGUCUGAUAUUGAGCGUUUUAUAAGUGAGAAGAUCAUACUUGCCAACAAGGUGAUAGUCAAGCUUGCUGUCACUAAAAUAAGAGAUGGCGAUGUUCUUCUAACUUAUGGGUCAUCAUCAGCAAUUGAAAUGAUUCUUUUGCACGCACAUGAAUUAGGAAAACAAUUUCGUGUCGUGGUUGUUGACUCUCGUCCAAAGCUAAGAGGGAAACUUUUACUUCGCAAGCUUGUGGAGAAAGGUCUUAGCUGUACAUACACUCAUAUAAAUGCUGUUUCCUACAUAAUGCAUGAAGUUACUAGAGUUUUUCUGGGUGCUUCAUCAGUCUUGUCUAACGGAACUGUAUAUUCAAGAGUUGGGACUGCAUGUGUUGCAAUGGUUGCUCAUGCAUUCCGUGUACCUGUCAUAGUUUGUUGUGAGGCCUAUAAAUUUCAUGAGAGAGUACAGCUGGAUUCAAUAUGCUCGAAUGAACUCGGUGAUCCAGAUAUCAUUUCAAAUGUGCUGGGUAGAGAGGAUGUCAACUACUUGGAUGGUUGGGCUGAUAUUGAAAAUCUGCAACUUUUAAAUCUGAUUUAUGAUGCGACUCCUUCAGAUUAUGUCUCAAUGAUAGUCACAGAUUAUGGCAUGGUUCCUCCCACAAGUGUGCCUGUAAUUGUAAGAGAAUAUGGGAAAGAACAGGUCUGGAUAUAAAAUGCAAAUGUGAACUAUCUCAAUUUUGUGGCGCCAAAAUCCUCUUUAUGGACUGGGUAGUGACAACAAAUUUUAAGAUUGUUGUUAUGCAUGUUUUUGUACUAUUUUCUCACAGGAAUUAAUGUAAUGUGUCUUUUUGUUCUAAAAUUUUGGACAUUUCUGUAUUCACAUGUCCUAGCGCAGAGUGCAAAAUUUUGCCUCUCCAGGCUGACUUAGCUAUACAUUCUAAUUCUAAACAGAUCUUUUUUCUUCUGUUUUUUCAAAUUUUGGAUAAUCCCUAACA